AUGGACGAACAAGCUCCUCCUCCACCAUACAGUGAAACGGACAUCUACUCAAAUGCAGGAACACCACCACAUCCCAUCCUCACUCCUGCAACCUCCCACACGGACGCAGCUUCAGUAGCUGGUCGACCGCCUCCAUCUACAGCAUCAUCCGUAGAUGAAACCAUCUAUACACCACCAUACUCUCCCACAAGCUCUAUUCAUCAGAAUCAAGUGCAGGGAGAAGACCUGGACCAUGUAUCCUCCUCAUCUGCCACCGCAUAUUUCGACUCUCGGCCUGCCCAUAACCCCUACUCCGGCCCGGUAGAAGUCUACAGAAUCGCAGUCUCUCACGAUACGGACCCUAAAGAUCUCAUAUACCCAGAAGCCUUGUUAGCAAAGGAUAUCAGCGAGCAGGAUUGGAAGACUUUUGUCAACCAUCUCCUUCCAGAUCAUGCAAGCAGCGUCAACAAUGACGUCGCAGAUCGAAAGCUCAAGGCUGAGAUGGAUGAACGAAUGUCCCAUCUGUCGUUGGGACGUGACAAUAGGUCGAGGUCUGAUAUCAGCCAAGUGGAUGCACAGCUUGAUCCUUUACGAUCGCCACAUACACCUCGCAUGAUGAACAGGGUGGAAGCUACAGUCACAGAGUGGAAUGAUGGUUUUUUCAAACCACGCGGAGUGCAGAUCUCCACUAUCGAUGUAGAUGCUGAGAUAGCUGCUGGUGAGGAAGAGAGAUCUCACAUGCCAGGAUCCUGGAUUCCGUGGGAGAAUGAGAACGAGAACGAAGGCGAGCCUUCUUCUAGCAGAAUGGGUGGUCGCAAAGGCAGCUUCUUUGGCAACUUCCUUCAAGCAGGAAACUUGAAGCCUGGAACUCAAGGUUUCAGAAUGGGUCCUAUUGUUGCAGACAAUGACGGCUUUCGCAUUGGGAAGAACGGCCUGAGAGCUGAUUCUGAAGGCUUCAGAAUCGGGAACUUGUUAGUCGCUGACUCGAAUGGUUUCCGCCUUGGAGGCAUUCGAGGGUUCAAUGCCGGAAAUCAUGGAGUGAGCUUGGGAGGGCGAUCUUUCAAUAAACGCGAAUUCAAGAGAGACAUGCGCGAACAUCUAAGAGACCGAAAUCAUGGACAUGGACAUCGAGGACGAUCUCACUCUCACGGACGACGCGGCAAGGGACGCAAUCGCUCUGCAUCUGUCUCCAGUUCAUCAAGCUCUUCUAGUUCGAGUUCAUCAGGCUCAGAGUCUUCGCUUGGAUCUUUACCAGAUUACGAAGACCUUAAAGACCAGCAACUCCCAGUUGCUAAGCAAUCUCUACUGGACUGGCUCAAUCAUCCCGAACAACCAAUCACAAGAGAAGCUGUCCAACACCUGAAGAAAGACCUCAAGAAUGCCAAGAGAGACAAUCCCCGCCAAUUUGACCAAGACGUGAAAGAGCUCCGUGUCGAAGUCAAGGACCUCAUGAGGCGAUUCAAGGCAGCUAAGAAGACACAAAAGAAGCACCGUAAAGAGGCAAGACGUAUUCGCAGGGCCGAAAAACGAUCUCUCAAGAAAGAACGGAAAAGCAUGAGGAAAGAGGGUCGCAGAGAAGGGAAUCAGGACUCUAGAUGUGGGGGCAGAGGUGGUUGGGGACGUGGGAGGAUGGGUCCAAUGCCCAUGGGUCCAGGAUCGCCAGAUCUUCGAUUCCCGGAGCAUAUGCACUCACCACCACCCAUGCCCGCAUUUCCAGGCUCACCUUUCGGUAGGGGCGGGCCGUUUGGUGGAAGAGGAGGUCCAUUCGGUGGUCCUAGGGGAGGUUUAUUCCCUCAUGGCCCUCCAGGAAUGGCAGCCAUGCACGGCAACUGGCCGUUGGCUCAAUACAAUGAUUAUGUGCCUGGAAAUGCUUCUGGAGCACGAGACAUGAAUUUCUCGGAUCCGGUGUCAAGGAGUGCAGAACAGAUCCAUUCUCAGCUUUCGCAAAUGAUUGCAAUGACUGAAAGGAAAGAGACAAGAGCUUUCAUGCUGAGGAAAGAAGCUACUGGACGGAACAUCACCGAGAAAGAUAAGCUGAGGAUGUGUGAAGAGGCCACGGAAUUGGAAGAAGAAGCAGAGAAGUGUAGGAGGGAGGCGGACAGGUUGAGAGCUGAAGCCGAGGCGGUCGAUCGAGAAUUAGCAAGAGAAUUGGAAGAAGAGGAUGGACAAGGACAACAGACUGGGAUUGUGCCUGGGGCUUUCAAUUGA